UUUGAUGAAAUGGAACCUCAAAUUAUUUUUCUCUAUCUCUCACUUCUCAUUCUCUCAAUAAACUUCUUCUUCACGAAUCUUAAACCGAGGCUAGCCCGUCUCCUCCAACCUUCUUUGGAAACUCGUGUCACGGCCGCGUUUUUAUCCCGGAAAGAAGUAGCCGAGUUUCUUGAUUCUCCCGUUGUAAAAGAAGACGGAGAAGAAGACAAAGAUAUCAAUGAUGAUUCAGAUUCCAACUUGACGUUUGAAUUUGAUCCUUACAUGAUGAGCAAAGCCGAGUUAAUUAACAAAGCUCUAGAGGAAGCCAUUCCAGUUGGGGAGCCACUCAAGAUCCACGAGGCAAUGCGUUAUGCGAUUCUCGCGGCUGGAAAACGCGUUAGGCCUAUACUAUGUCUCGCUUCUUGCGAGCUAGUAGGCGGCAAAGAAAAUGCCGCAAUGCCAGCUGCUUGUGCGGUUGAGAUGAUCCACACUAUGUCUCUUAUCAAAGACGACUUACCAUGUAUGGAUAAUGACGAUUUGCGCCGUGGGAAGCCCACGACGCAUAAAGUCUAUGGUGAAGGAGUGGCUAUUCUCUCCGGUGGUGCUCUCUUGUCUCUUGCAUUUGAACACAUGACUACAGCUGAGAUAUCACCGGAGAGAAUGGUUUGGGCGGUUAGAGAAUUGGCUAGGUCUAUUGGCACGAAAGGGUUAGUCGCGGGACAAGCGAUGGAUAUAAGCAGUGAAGGUUUGGACUUAAACGAUGUCGGGUUAGAGCAUUUGGAGUUUAUACAUGUCCAUAAAACCGCGGUUUUGCUCGAAACUGCCGCGGUUCUUGGAGCCAUUAUUGGUGGUGGAUCUGAUGAAGAGAUUGAGAGUGUGAGGAAGUUUGCACGGUGCAUUGGGUUGUUGUUUCAAGUUGUGGAUGAUAUUUUGGACGAGACUAAGUCGUCGGAGGAAUUGGGGAAAACCGCCGGAAAAGAUCAGCUGCUCGGAAAGCUAACGUAUCCGAAGUUAAUGGGGUUGGAGAAGUCGAAAGAAUUUGUUAAGAGAUUGACUAGAGAUGCACGGCAACAUCUUCAAGGGUUUAGUUCGGAUAAGGUGGCUCCUUUAGUAUCUCUUACUACUUUUAUUGCUAACAGAAAUAAGUGAUUAUUUUUUGUUUUAUUUGUGUGUGUGUGUAUUGGGUUUAUGUAAACAUGCUAAAGUAGUGUGUUCUCUUAUUUUUAAGUGUAACCACAUUUUUAUUAUGUUUAUUAAAAGAUAUAUUU